AUGGCCACUGUGGCCGCAGCUGCGCGGUCCCGCUCUCCCGUGCGAACUGAGGCGCCCACGGCUCUCGGGACUCUCUACGGACAUGGCGUCCUCGUGUCCCAGGAGCAUGCUGGCAGCACAUCGAUGGAGCGACUUUGCCGAACGAGGAGCUUUGGCACUGAAGUACGGGAGCUUUCUGCGAUCCUGCUGUCGCUGGAGGAGGCUCUGUUCCUACAGUCAGAGCUGCACGUGCUCGACGUCCAGAUGGAAAACACGGCUGGCGUCUGA